AUGGCUUCAUGUUUGGCAAAGCUGUUGUGUGUAUUCGUACUAUCAUUGUUCCUACACUACGCCACAGCUCAGUGGGACUUUGAUGAUGGGCAAGCUGAAAUGUAAGUUAUCUAAAACCCUUAGGAACUGUAGUUUAAAGCUCAAUAAAAAAUUUUUAUAGUAAAGUUUUUAAAAAAAAUUGUGAUUUUAAACUAAAAAUAUUGCUUUAGGAGCCAAUUCUGGCGCCCAGCCCGAUCACAGAUGGCUAGAUUUGGGAUGCCGUGGUCUCAUCGUGUACGACCUAAUGUAAGUACUGGUUUUUAACUAAAAUACAGGCUUUUAUCUACGUUUAUUCUUAUUGUAUUACCGUUGCACCCACCCUACCGUUCUACAAAAUGAAAAUUUUUACUGUAAUUUGGUAUCAUUUCCUUUACCCUACUACACCAUCGUUUUUUUUACCGUACUUAUCUAUACUUUUCCCUACCGUAUUAGCCUACCCUACCGUACACUACCCUACUUGACCCUAUACUACUGUUCACUAUCUUACCGCACGGUACUCUAUCCUGCUGUACCCUACCUUACACUAUUCUACCGUACGCUAUCCUACCGUAACGUAGUCUAUUUUACCCUACUCUACCCUACCUUUACUUACCCUCCCAAUUUCAGACCAACAACGUACCCCAAUGUUUGUUCUGUUGAUUGUGUAAAUUACCGUAACUUCGUAGCAUUACCCGCCGUACUCAAGGGCUAUCGUGCAUUAAAGCCAUCCUCAUGAUCUCAACGUCCACUCUUUAUAUUAUUGUACAUUUACCCACGUUUGAGGCCAAUAAUUUAAUAAAACGAGCAUAAUAUUACCCUGUUUUGUGAUGUUUUGGUACAAUGUCGUACCUUUUUUAAUAUUUUUUGUGGUUUGAAAUGAUAAGACAAAAGAUUAUGUACCAGUAUUAUAACUAUAGUACUAACUAUAGUACUGUAAAGUGUAAGUACUAUCUUUGCGGUACCAAAAAUAGCACUAUUAUACUUAAGUACUAUUUUAGUACCGAUAGUACUAUGAAAAGUAAUUACUAGUAUCAGUACCAAUAGUACUAUGAAAAGUAAUUACUAGUAUCAAUACCAAUAGUACCAAUUGUAUUAUGAAAACCCACUUUUAGGCCCCAGCAGGCCCAGUCAUCAUAACCACGGAAAAGCCAAAAGAAGCCAAACCCGACUACGCCACCGAGCUCAGCGACAAGAUUUGGCACCCCCCGGAUGAGAUCUAG